UGAACCUCGUUAACAAAUCUUGAUGUUAUGCUUGUGUGAUUGCUUGGUCCUCGGUCGAUCGACGGUGCGCCUCGGAUUUAUUCUAACACUCGGUCGCCUCCCACUCCAUUACCCUUUCUCCGCUCGCUCCAGUCGUCCGGCGCCGACACGCUGUUCCCUCGCCGUUCCGCCUCCACCUCCACCUCGACUGCGUGCGCUAGCCCGCCCGCACUUUCCACGACCCGGCUUGCCUUCGGAGCGAGGGGAGGGAAACGAUGGUGGCCAUCGCCGCGCUCGCGGACGGCAAGAGGUGGGCGGGGAUUUCUCAGACGGGGAAGCCCGGCGCGAAGGCUCCUAAACCCAUCAACUUGCCGAACCAGAGGUUGGACAGCCAUGGCCUCCGCAGUGACGAGAUUGUUCCAAAGGGCACGACCACUUGGGGCGGCAAAUCAAUGCUCCCAGCAUCAAAUGCAUGGGCUUCACCUUUGCUUCUGAAUCCCAAGAAUGAUAGAGCUUCUGGUUCACCUAGCCACAUUGAUGAUCGUCCUUCUUCCCGAGGAAGCUCGACGUCAUCAUCAUCAGUUGGAAGUGACUUCCUUGACUUACCAUCGUAUCGUUUGCCAAUGGCCGUAAAUUAUCCUCUAAGCACAGAGACAAGAUCAGGGAGCUUGCAAGUUUCUCAUUUUCCAGAUUCUUUCAGUAAUAUUCUAAAAGCACCGUUGAAAGCUGUUGGCAGACGGGCACCUACAUCACAGGGGAAAGGGUUCAGCCUAAGUAUGGAUGAUUUCCCAGUACUUGGCUCCAGAAACUCUGCGUCAAACAGUCAACAAGGGCAAAUUUCAGGAAGGUGGCCAACUAUUGCUUCUGGUAUUGUGGCAACACAAGAUAAACAAGGAAAGAACCCGAUAACUGGAACUGGUGAGGUAAUUUUGUCUUGCAGUUAUGAGCAUGAAAUUAUCUCAAGAAUGGACUAUGUUUGCAAAGGAGACGAUCCUAUUCCUGCUGCAAAGUUUAUAAGGGGAGCUGAGCAGGCUCAACUGCAUGAUCCCCAAGUUCCUAAUAUAUGUAUACCUCCUCCAUUGUUGGAUUACUGGCAUCGUCCUCCUGAUCAGCCACCUGAUGAAAAUGGAAAAUUGCAUAGUGGAGAGGUGCCAUAUGGUCCGUACAAGCAUGCUGACCCGACUGGCUUUGCUGUUGAAUCUCUUGCUCAUCGUGAUCAGUUCACGCUCAACGAGGAGGCACUAGCAAAGCAGGAUACUGGACAUGGUGGGUAUUAUCCAGACAAGAGGGAUAUAUCUCAUGCUCACAUGCCUGCUGAUUGUUGUGUCAUAAAUCAAUCUUGCCAUGUUCUUGGGAAGGUCAAGAAUGGCCAUGCAGAUGUACUUGAGAUCGAGAAGCAACCUAUCAUCAAGAAGGAUGUGGCUCUAUGAGAGAAAAUCAAGUGUCUAAACAACAAAGCUAGAAAUUUCCGUGCCCUUAACUUGUCCAAUCUACCUUCAUCUCUACUCAAGGACUCCAAGGUUAAACACCCAAAAAUCAUCCGUGUCGAGGAAGAUCGUGUGACAAAAUAUGUUCCCUUCAGUGCUUCCACCAGUGAGACUGGUCCUGCCUUUGACAGGCUUAAUUCUGUUUCUCAAAGCAGCAGUUCUGUGUCAACUAAUCCAUCAAAUGGGCCUGAUAAGGGUGUAACUGUUGUUUGUCUGUCAGAAAAACAAGUUACUGAAUUCAGCCAAGCUGGAAAAGUUGGCAAAUCUGCUGAUCGCCAUGCAUAUGGAAGAAGCGAUAUCUCAAGAAACAUGCUUGAUGGUUCUGCUCAGGACAUGCCAUCUCGUAUUACUGGACAUGGAUGUGAAGAGCACUCCAUGAUUGACUCUUUGCGAGGAGUUCUUAUGGUAGAUGCUCAACAAGACCAACUUCUUUCUAGGAACACCUCUCAGCAGCCACAUGUGACAGUCGCUGAUAAGGAGCCAAAUUGGCUUCAUUGUGAAGACCAGAUGCUUUAAUAGAGGGCCCAGCAAAGUGGCACACACACACAGAAAUGAAAUGUUUAUAAUUGGCAAGCAAAUACUGCAAUAAUGUUGCUAAGAGUUUCUUGUGCCAUGGUUGUUGUUUAACUAGUGUUUUUCUGGUGCAUUCAGCAUUCCAGAAUGAGAUAUUUGUCUGCUCAAGCUGCGAAACAACUACAGGACGCGGAGAAGUGGAUUAGUCAACAAAAUACAAAUGCUAUUGCAAAACUGGAAGAAUUGAGGAGGUAUCAAUCAAUACAGAGUCAGAAGUCCAAUGAUGCACCCCCAGACGCAGAUAUGUACUGCAAGCCAAAAACGCGAGAUGAUGUGACUGCUAAAUGUGCUAGUUCAGUGGCAGAUACAUGUUGUAUUGUCUCUGCUGAUGGUCAUAAUGCGCCUCAGCCAGUAGCUGGAGUCAAGAUUAGUGAAGUUUCUAUUGGUUCCAGUGCAGCAUCAAAUACUUCAGGUGUUAGUAAAGGUUAUAAUUUCAGGUCUUCAGCCAAGAGCACACAGGUUAACAUGAUGGAACACAUUUCCCUCAACUCACUGUCACAUGACAACAGUACUCCAGAACACUGGCCAAUGGAGCACAGGCAAAUGCAUUUUGGUUCAUGGGAGAGAAAUAUAACAGAUAGGGAGAUACCUGCAGACACGAAGGGUGCUGAAGCUAAAAAUCAUGACGACCUCUUGACCAGAAACAAGAGCAGCAGGAGGAACUUUAAUUCAGUUAGGCCUGCAGCGCCACCUGUGUUUAAUGAGAAGAAUUCUACAGAAGUCCUGAGUAUGCAGAAAACCCAUGUUCCAUGUAUUGCCAUUAAUAGUUCUAUAAUUCCUGCCAAGGUUACUUCUGUUACAGGUCUUAUUGUGGGUAAUAUAAUGCUUGAUGAUGUUCCACUUGCAUCAGUAAACCGGGAGUGGGCAGUACCGGCCAAGGAAGUACAUGAUACAGCUAGUAGCCUCUAAGGGCCUCGGCAGGUCAAGAAAUCAGAAAAGAACCAGCAUGGUCUACUGCCUGUCGAGACUCCAAUUUCAAACGAUAGUGUCAUGUGCAAACCGAUUAAACAGGCAGGGAGGAAAGAAGAGCAUGCAGAAGGAGGUCCGAAUGGUAUGGCUGUAGUUGAUGGACUUGCUUUGGUGGUGAAAAAUCUCGCAAAACCGGCAGAGUACUUCAAUGUGGCAGAUGUUAUACAGGAGUCAUCUGACCAGUGGCAGCAAGGAGAUGUGCAAUUUGAGUCCAAGGCCCAUGGUGGUACCGAAGACCGUUCAAAACUAACUGAAAUGGUGUCCUUGCCUGACAAUACUUGGGAAAAGCAUCCGGCGACUGACAGUCCAAGGCGCUACCAUGUUGAGGCCCAAAGGAAUGUGGGGAUUCGCUAUGGUUACAGGGAGAGGGCAGGCAGGGGACGCUUCUUCCACGAAUCACCAGCUCCGUCUAGGGCUCGCUGGAUGCCUAAAUACAUCUCCCAUCCUCAGAGCGAUGCACAAUAUGAUGGGGUCUCUGAAUGGCUGCAGGAUUCCCACCAAUUCUUAUAGGACAUGGACAACGCACAGGGAUUGGACAGCAAACCGACUCAGAUAGCUGACAGAGAUGCUGGAAUGGAUCUGCAGGGUGGAGAAGGCAAUGUAGGCAUGAGCUUCGUAGAUGAAAACCCCUUGAUAUGGAACGAAACAGAGUGGGAGUAUCAGCCUCUCUUUCCAGCGCCACAUCGCCUUGGCCAACAACACGGUGACUCGAGUGAUGAUGGUCGAAGGGGUAGAGGCAGACACUCUGAGUACCGCCAACAACACGGUGACGCGAGUGAUGAUGGUCAGAGGGGUAGAGGCAGACACUCCGAGUACCACUAUCCGGAGCCGGUAAGAUCUCGUGAUACUGCACCUGACAUCCAGUGGAACCCCGGCGGUGCUGACAAUCAUCAGUAUCCGGCCUAUUCAAGACCGGGAAUGCACACGGAGCGCAGGUACUAUAUUUGAAGGUCGCUGUUGGGUAGCUGUGCUCCAUACAAUCAUCACCAAUCCAGUCCUGUAACCAAUCCCAUGAAUGUUCGUGUGAGUUGCUGAAGCGUAGAUAGCCUUUUGUCAGCUCUGUUUCUUUCUUUCUUUCUUCUCUGGGCUUGCGAUGAUCUAUUUACUUGUAAGAUGCUGGUCCUGUUUAUCUUAUGGAGACCUUUAUCUUGUAAGUUUUAUCUGAAGAAUAUUCUACUUCUGAUGGCCGAAUUCUGCA